AUGUCGUCUCAGGCGUUUGAACUAAUGGAUGAAGCAAACAGGUUAAGCGUGUGGAAUGGUUACCGGGACUGGAGAAAUAGACCGGCAUUGCGUGGCCGCCAUGGCGGUAUGAGUGCUGCCUCUUUCGUCUUAGCUGUGGAAGUGUUGGAGAACCUUGCGUUCUUAGCAAACGCAAGCAAUCUAGUGCUGUAUUUGUCAACAAAGAUGAGAUUUUCGCCGUCUGGAGCCGCAAACGCCGUAACAGCUUUUAUGGGAACAGCGUUUUUCUUAGCCCUUCUCGGAGGUUUUUUGGCGGAUGCUUUCUUCACCACUUUCCAUAUUUAUUUAGUCAGCGCCGCCAUUGAAUUCUUGGGCUUAAUGGUACUUACCGUCCAAGCCCACGAGCACUCUACCGAGCCAUGGUCUCGUGUACUUCUGUUUGUGGGUCUUUAUUUAGUAGCUCUGGGUGUCGGAGGAAUAAAAGGCUCGUUGCCACCGCACGGAGCUGAACAGUUCGACGAAGAAACUCCGAGUGGGAGGAGACAAAGAUCUUUCUUCUUCAACUACUUCAUAUUUAGCCUCUCAUGCGGUGCCUUGAUAGCCGUCACGGUCGUAGUCUGGCUCGAAGACAACAAAGGCUGGUCAUAUGGCUUCGGUGUCUCCACGGCCGCGAUCUUGAUUUCUGUUCCGGUUUUCUUGGCUGGUUCUCGCUUUUAUCGCCUUAAGGUUCCUAGUGGAAGUCCAAUCACGACUCUAUUCAAAGUCUUAACCGCUGCUUUCUACACUAAGUGUAAGAGAAGAAGAAACUCAAGCAACGUUGUUACGUGUCAUAUAAGAAACAGUUGUGAUGACAACGAAACCAAACGAAACAGUGAUGGAGAUGAUGGAAUUCUUGGAUCGUUCCUUGGUGAAGCUGUGAGAGCACGCGAAUCACUACCUGGACCACUAUAUUGCACGGAGGAACAAGUUAAAGACGUGACGAUAGUCAUUAAGAUUUUACCUAUUUUCAUGUCUACCAUUAUGCUUAAUUGUUGUCUAGCUCAACUCUCGACGUUUUCCGUCCAACAAGCUUCGACAAUGAACACCAAGCUUGGGUCAUUCACCGUCCCACCAGCUGCAUUACCAGUCUUCCCGGUCGUCUUCACAAUGAUCUUAGCUCCGACUUACAACCACUUCCUUCUCCCUCUAGCUCGGAAAGCAACGAAAACUGAAACCGGCAUAACCCAUCUUCAACGCAUCGGAACAGGGCUCGUCCUUUCGAUUGUCGCAAUGGUGGUUGCAGCCUUAGUAGAAACCAAACGCAAAAACGUCUUUGUUUCUUGCUGCACAAGUAACAACUCCUCUUCUUAUUCUUCUUCGCCGCUUCCUAUAACGUUUCUUUGGGUAGCUAUACAAUAUGUGUUUCUUGGAUCAGCCGAUCUAUUCACUCUAGCCGGUAUGAUGGAGUUUUUCUUCACCGAAGCUCCUUCUACAAUGCGUUCCCUUGCGACCUCUCUUUCAUGGGCGUCUCUUGCGAUGGGAUAUUACUUGAGCUCUGUUAUCGUCUCGGCUGUUAAUUUCGUUACAGGAUUAAACCAGCACAGUCCAUGGCUUUUGGGGAAGAAUCUGAACCAAUACCAUCUUGAGAGAUUUUACUGGCUCAUGUGUGUGCUUAGUGGGAUUAACUUCUUGCAUUAUCUCUUUUGGGCUAGCCGUUACGUGUACCGGUCGAACCAAGGGUAGAUCCAAAGCAUAUAUAUAGAUGAAUAAUAAGUGCGUUGUAAGUAGGGUAAUUUGUUGGUUAUUAGAAGAUGUGUAGGGCAAGGGUUAUAAGUUUAAAUUAGCAUAAAUACUAUAUGCUCUCC